UCUCACGGUUAUUUCCACGCGGUUUUUGUGAGUUUUGUAAACAAGAAAAAUAUCUUGAAAAAAUGAUCAAAAAUCUCUACUAUUUAAGUGAAAAAUGCCUUGAAAAGGAAUCUAAAAAGGAUCUCGGACCAUUUAUUGAUAAAAUCCUCAAAGAUAGAGAUUUCUACGUGGAGAAAUGUGAUGUGGAAGAUGCCCUGAAAGUCAUCCGGAUGUGUACGGAAUUCUUCAUUGAGGCCAAUUUUACAGGGAAUAUCCCUCAGCAAGAUACUGUCAAGGAAUCCCUGGGCACUGCUGUGGAAGACUGUAUUCAGGAAAUAGAUGAAUACAUAACAGCAGGGGAGCAAAUGAAUGAAAACGUUUUAUUUCCAAAACUCUACUUCCUGGCCAGGAAAACAUGUGAUCUCUGCAGGAAUCAAAAUCAAUUUGAAAUCCUUGUGUGGCGGAUGCGAUUACUCUGUCUGGGUCAACAAGUUACGGAUGAACUCUCAGGAAGUCUCUAUGAAGCUUUCCAGAGGGUCACAGAAAUGUUGAUUCAGAAUCCAGAUUUUCCACAUGAUAGUGCCGAAGAGUCUGCACUUCUUCAUCUGGAAAUUGCUCAGGGGUACGUGAUAUUUCGUCGCGUAAGGAAAUCCCGGGAAUUCCUGGACAAAGUAAAAGAGAAACUCCAGACAGAACUGACUAUUGCAUCACUCUUGGGCAUGAGAACACGCUUCCAGACAAAACCUCUGCCACAGAUGAUGCUAAAAAUCACAAUGGGCAGCCUUCCGUUGAGCACAGCUUCCGAAUCACACGGAUUGUGUGCCCUGCCGAAGCUUCUGCAGUUGGAUGAUGAUACACGCCUUGAGAAAAUAAAAUUCAUCGAUGAGGAAGCAGCCAAAAUUGGCAAUCUUCCAGCCAUUGUUCAAUGCCUCAUUGCCGUGGAACUGCAAUGGCUGCAAAUUUCCCAACCAAAAGACAAUCUCGCCGAGGAAGAACUUCAGCCGUACAUUGAGACACUCCUGCAUCAAGACUGUGGGCCAUGGAGUGUGAGAAUUGCAGCUUUAUUGGCAAACAUUGAGGUGGAAGCAAAGAAUCGACGGACAGUAGAUCGGAGCUUGAAGCAAUGCGAAGAGAUCCAGAAGCUGACAACAUCCCCAGCCGGUGAACCGAAUUUGAGACUUUUGAACUUCUUCACAUCAGGAAUGCUUCCUAUUUGGCGCGUUGAAAUGCUCCUGGGCAACAUUAUGAUGUCUCUGGGCUUAGUGAAGAGUGCCCUCGAUGUGUUUCUUCGCAUUCAGGCAUGGGAGGAGGUGAUUGUGUGCUACAACAUGCUCGAAUUGCGCCACAAAGCUGAAGAGAUGAUUCGUCAGGAGUUGCAGAAGAAGCCGACGGUUAAGCUGUACUGCCUUCUGGGUGAUGCCACAGACGAUCCGGCGUGGUAUGAAAAAGCUUGGGAAUUUUCCGGGAAGCGCAGUGGACGUGCUCAGCGUCAUUGGGGUACAUAUUUCUUUGCACGCAAAGACUACGCAUCAGCCCUGCCGCAUCUUCAGCAAUCGCUGGAAUUGAAUUCACUGCAGGAAUCACUUUGGCUCCGUCUAGGAUUUGCAGCUCUGGAAUUGGAACAGUGGAGUGUGGCGGCAAAUGCCUAUCAGAGGUAUACACAUCUCGAAGGGAACACCUUUGAAGCGUGGAACAAUAUGGCAAAGGCGUACGUGAAGAUGGGUGACAAGGAGCGUGCUCAUCGUGUCCUGGCUGAAGCAAUUAAAUGUAAUUUUGAUGUGUGGCAAGUGUGGGAGAACUUCAUGGUGGUCAGUUUGGACACAGGGCAUUUUGAUGAUGUUCUCAAUGCCUACGGACGUCUCAUAGAGCUGAAAAAACGCCAUGAAGAUCGUCAAGUAUUGGAUAUUGUAACCGCUGCCAUUGAGAAGCACGUUCCAGAUCAGAAGGGUGUUGAUUCACAUCAUUUGGCGGAGAAAGCUGGGAAGCUCCUGGCACAGCUAUGUGUACAGCAUGGACGGGAAGGGUUCUACUGGGAAAUGGCAGCACGUGUUGCAAAGGAUAAUCUCUCAAAAGCCCGGAAACUCCUUAAAUCCUACACCGGCUAUACACACAGCAAUUCCAAAUGGCACGAAUACCCAGAAUCCUGUUCAAAAAUCAUGAAAUUGUGCCUGGAAAUGUCUCAAUUAUUCCUCGCGGCCUUUGAUGGGGAGAUUAGUGUGGAGAAUCGAAGUUUAGCCAUGUCGGAAUUAGCUUCAGCGAGACUUUCAGCACAGAGCUGCAUAAGGCUUGUCAAGGAAGUUCCGGAAGAUUUGGCUGAAAUCCACAAUGAGUUGAGCCAAAAUCUUGCUAAAAUUACGGAAAAGCUCAAGGAGUUUUCCAAAUAAAAUUCCAGGAGAAUAAAUCAAUCUGUUAUA